AAAUAACUGUCAAAAUCACGAGUUUAUCAGUGACAGUGACCAGUGACAGUGAAAUGAUAACGAGAUAAAUAUGUAAACACGGUACGGCUGAGGAUUAUGUGAACAAAGAAGUAACUACCUUCAAAUACGCAUAUUUUUUUAGUACUUUAAGCGGUAUUCAUUCAAAAUGUUUAUCUAUCAAUUACCUUUGGAACUUUUAUUGAUAAUAUUAAUAAACAUAGAUGGUAUCUCACUCGGAAAAUGCCGUAGAGUGUGCAAAAGAUGGAGAGAAAUCAUUGAUAACAUUGAUUGUAUUUGGCGCAAAAUGUGCCUCACGGAAUACAAAUACUCAUCGUUUAUAGCUAGGAAAAAGUCCGGCGAGGACUGCGAAUGGUACCACCUGUAUAGAAAUAUCACGACAUGGGAAGUAGUCACGUCUUUCGAUAUAAGAAUACGCGAUUUCUAUAAAUUUGCGAUUCAUGACAAACACCAUUUGGUGCCCAUUGAUUAUGGGAUUUUACCACUCAAACAAAAAAAUGGUCUUGUGUUCUAUGACAUGCAAAGUUACUGUAAUUUACCAGCAACCUUGCCUGAUAAGGAUUCCAUGAAAGUGUCCCACAAUGAUUACAAUACUGCAUUACUUCUUAAAUCCGGAGUAUUGCUGCAGAGAACAGUCGAAUGCUUAACACACAUGUCAGCAGCGUAUUUCACGAAUGCACAAAGUUUCGUAUUAACUGAAACACAAAUUUAUUUCUUCAAAGAAAGAGAAGUUUUUGUCUGUGAUUUGAAAGCAAAGAAUUUGGAGUCAAAAUUGAUGCUACAUUGUGAUUAUGAAAUCAAACAAAUUCAGAGUUUUAUGGGUAAUGUGUAUCUUUUCACUACUUGUGGAAAAAUUGUUAGCAUUGAGAAAAACGGUACUGUUACAACCAAAGCUAUAAACAUCCCACCGGAAUGGAUGAGACAGAUAAGGCAUAUGCAAGCAAUUGAUGACCGGAAUUAUGUUUGUUAUUCUAGAAACAUAUUUAAAAUUGAGACUGAAAAGUAUCAGCAUUUAUAUUUAGAGUUUCCACCAAUUACGGCCUUGUUCUUCUAUGGAGACUUCAUUUUGAUUGGUACAAGGGCUGGUGAGAUUUUAUUGUACAGACUGUCUAGUCAACAAGCGGAUGCUAAACCAAAUUUUGAGAAGUUGACAGACUUGCCUGAAGGAAGGUUUGCCGUGCAGUUGGAAGUAUGUGAGAGGAAGUGGGGCCCUGUGAUUAUAGUUGCUACAUACUUUGACGUUAUUAUUAUGGAAAUUGACUUCUUCCCUGAGGAUAAAGAAAAUAAGCCACCUCUCUCAUCCAAAAAGCUGUUCCUGAUUCAGCGACUUAUGCGAGUGCAGGACAGAAUGCAUAUGGGCUUGCCAAAAGCUCCUACCGUUACAUGAAACCAAACUUUAAUAUUCCAGGACUAUUCAUAAGAGUACAAUAAAGCUAUUACAAUUUUAGCCCAAUUGUUUGUUUCGGUAGCUUUAUGGUUAUUUUGGUUACAAUAAGGCGUAGAUUUUUUAACUAACGUUGCAACUGAUGUUCUAAGUUAACUACAUUGUUUAAAUUGUUUUCUUAAAUUAACUCAGAAUCAAACGUUAUAAAACGAGUUGAAGGUAUCUAUAAUUAAGGUCCUGUUUUACAAUCUCAUGGUUAAGUUGUUUUGAAAUAGAUAAUCUCAUAUUAUGCCUCAAUUAAACUCACAGGCAGUUAUGAGUUAGUUACAGCAACCUAAUGUGAAGCAUGCCUUUGUCAGAUAUUCGACAAAAGUACACAAUGUGACAAAAGUUCAUCCCUAGUUUUUAAAUCUGCCGACGGAUCUUGAAAAUCACAAAAUAUAACCACAUUGACUGAACAUAAGAUUUGUAUAAAUAUAAUUUCCAAGUCAAGGAAACUGUUACCGAGUCAACUCCCCCCUUCCCCCUAUUUAUGCAAUCCCUAAAUCCUCAACAAUCCUCAAGUUCCUCAAUCCCAAAAGGCCGGUAACGGACUUGUAACGCCUCUGGUGUUC